UCAAACUCCAUAUAAAAAAAGAUUGAAAUCUUCUUUAAUUUGCUCUAAUCAUGCUUUAGUUAUUCGCCUUAAACAAAGCUUUUAAAUAUAAAUUUAAAUUUUGUUUACAAUUUUGUUUAAUUAAUUAAAUGUUACUUAAACUUGCAACCAAAUGGAACAAAUAACAAAAGAAAUAGAGGAACAAGCAUCAUCCCCACAAACUAAUUCUUCCCGACGGGAAUUGGCAGAAGCAGAACAUAAAACAGAAAUUCCUUGUGGCAAUGAUGAUGAUGAAGAAUUGAACAUUGCAAGUGAACAUUUCAAUCCUUUAAAGGCUUUAUAUGAUCCCAACUAUCGAGUAACAGAAAAACAGCCCAAAAUUAUCUAUCAGAAUAUGGCAGCCUUCGAGACGGCUCUGAAAAAGUUUGGUAUAAUGGGUUUAAAUAAAAAACCCAAAACUAACUUAGCUGCAGACAGCAAAGAUAACAAAAAUCCCUUAUUAGUAGAAGAGGAAAGAACACAAAGACGUUUUCAAGAACAUCAAAUGGCCAUAAGGACACAAGCAAAAGUUAAGCAAAAACAUCAAAGAAAUAUCCUAAUACAAAUGGCACAAUCAGAAGGACCUAUCAAACAAUUGCAGCAAUUUGUUAAAGAAAGUCGUAGAAUUAGAGUUCUGGUAAGAAAAGAACAUGGCAUUAAGGGCUAUAUUGAAGGGGAGCUAAAAAUGUUUGAUCGUCAUUGGAAUCUUUUGUUAACAGAUGUGCUAGAGUGUUUGGAGCAGCGUAAAUAUAAAUAUGCUGAAGAUAAUUUAGUUAACCAUCAACAGCCAGAAGAUUGUUCUUAUGUAUUGGAUCAAUUAGGUAUAACCCUGCCGCAACAAAGUGUUAAAAGUUUGUCUAGAAAACGUGUGGAGGUUAAAAGACAUUUACCGCAACUUCUACUAAGAGGGGAACAAGUGGUUUUAAUAUCAGCUAAAGGUUCAACUUAAUGUAUAAAUUGUUUUACUUUUAUUGAACUAAGUAAAUAAUUUAAGAUUAUUUUUUACUAAAUGAACUAAAUUUGUUUAUAUACUAAACCUAAUGUUUCAAAAAAAAACGGUUUCUAAUCUAUUUGAAGAUCCUUUGAAACUCUAUUUAAGGGUUUUUUAGAGAACUAUAGAAAUACAACUAAAAAUCUUUAAACCUAAACAAACAAAAAAUCAUUUCCAUUAA